GCUGUCGUGGCCUUUUCAGUGAAACGUCAUCAACAGGCUGUCUCUUGUUAGUGGUCAGGAUCGGCUGGAGUUCAGCAAGAGGCUGUCAGCUAGAUUCACUCUUUUCUCCACAGACUCCUGAAAUAUAUACUAUUGAACAAAAUGCCUGGACCCGCAUCUAGUGCAACAAAUGUUGGGGCCUCCAGCCGGUCCCCGAGUAAGACCGUGGCCCCCCGCACCGCCGGCACCUCAGCCCGACAGAGGAAGGCCCCUAGCAGUGCUGCACGCAGUGGAGGCCGAUCCACAGCAUCGGCGGGCACAGGAGGGAUGUGGCGCUUUUAUACUGAGGACUCACCAGGACUUAAAGUUGGUCCGGUUCCAGUUUUGGUGAUGAGUCUGCUCUUUAUCGCAUCUGUAUUCAUGCUGCACAUCUGGGGCAAAUACACCCGCUCCUAAACCUGCAUGACCUCUGGACUCCGACCCUGAAGCCUGUCACCGAAUCUUAAGCCAUUGGAUAUGGACCAAACUCUGACCAUCAACACCCAAUCCCUUUUUUCUUUAUUAAAACUACCAUUUCAAGGUUA